AUUCCAGCAACGGCACAAAUAAUGAAAUCUGUAUAAAUUGGAGGAAACAUUAGAAAAGUGUCGGGCAAGAAGUACAAAAAUCAACAGAUAGGAGAUGGUGCAGUUAGAUCGUUUUGAAAUUUUGUUCAACAACCCUGAACAGGCGUAUUUUGCCGGUCAGGAAAUCUCAGGAAAAGUUAUAAUAGAAAAUAAGGAGCCAAAAAAGGUCAAUGAGAUUCUACUGGAACUGAAGGGCAGAGCAAGAACCUACUGGACAAAGCAUUCUGGAAAAUCGCGAAAACAUUGUUCUCACUCGGAGCCCUACUUUUUGGAGCAAUUCAAUCCUGGCUACACGCACAAAUUCACAGUUGUAAAAGACGGAAAAGAAAAGGAAAGGAUACUUCCCGCCGGCAUUCAUCAGGUCCCAUUCUCGUACACUUUGCCAAAAUCACUGCCAUCCUCAUUUGAAGGCGAAUUCGGACACAUCCGGUACACAUGCAAAGCCAUUUGUGAACGACCAUGGGAUUUUGAUAUUGUUAGCAGAAAAGCGUUUACGGUAGUUGGUAUCGAAGAUAUUAAUUCGGACCCUAAGCUCAAUGAGCCUGCCACAUGCGUGGAAUCCAACCAUGCUGUCACAUUUUGUUGUCGGUCAGCCGGCAGCGUUACCGGCGAAAUUCGAAUAUCAAAGUGCGGCUAUACUCCCGGAGAAAAGAUAGAUGUCAGCUUUAAAGUGAUAAAUCUGAGCUCCAAAACUAGAACUACUGCUCUCCGAUUCGUGCAGCAAACCACGUACAAGGCCAAAACAUUCGCCGGCCACGAGCACAUCAAGAAUGUGGUUCGCGUGAUCUCAAAAAUUGACAAAGGAGAGGUGCCAGGUGGAAGUACCACCGAAUGGCAAGAAGAAUCCAUCACAAUCCCAUCGUUGCCACCGAAAUUGGGAAAAUGCAAAAUUCUGUCAGUUACCUAUUCGGUCGAAUUGGAAGUCGAGCAAACGCUCACAGUGCCGUGUCCAAUUGUCAUUGGUUCCAUCCCGCAGCUUUCUCAACUUCUGAUCCAUUCCAAACAGUCCGUGCAGAGUGCCGGCAACGGCUCUUUACCGAAAAGUUCCAUAAAGGAUAGUCCACCAAAAUGGGAUAGCGAGAGUUGUGUGCAGGUGACAAUCACAGAUGAGAGUGGUCAGCUGGUGGAGGAACUCGGCAACGAAAUGGAAGCCUUAUUGUCAGCUCGAAAACGAGUACGAAUGCCCUCCUCGAUCCUCAGCGAGCUGUAUCCAACAAUGCCGAGCCCGUAUUAUAAAGAAUCAUUCUUCGGCGCCAGUGACAUAUCAGAGGAGAAGGAGCAAGCACAGUUCGGUGAAGCCUCAUUUGCGCCCAAAUAUCCAUUUUAUACCGAUUAAUAUUUUAUCAUUUUGUCUCGAGUGUUACUUUCGCUUGGAGGGGAUAAUCAAUAAAUUCCAUG